CUCGAGAGAGUCUCUCGGGAGGCUGGAUUAGCCACAAGUUGUGGUGAACUAGGGUAAAAUUCGGUGUGCCUCUUACUCUUCUCUUUACUUCUCUUUUAAGUUUUUAAUUCCUGCGAUUUCUACGAUCAAACGCUAUUCACCCCCCCUCUAGCGUUGGUCUUUUAUUCUAACAAUUGGUAUCAGAGCCUAACUCACGUCUAAACUUAACCGUUUGAGAGUAAAGCGAUCAUGGGUUCUUCUUCUAGAAAUCAUUAUGCAGGAAUUGGAGAAGGUCAAUCAACAUCUAGGCCACCGCUUUUUGAUGGCACCAACUACACAUAUUGGAAAGAGCGGCUGAGAAUUUAUAUCCGCUCAACCAACUUCCAGUUGUGGUUGGUCAUCAAAAACGGCGAAGAAACGCCAAUGAAGAAGGUCGAUGAAAAACUUGUCCCAAAGACCGAAGACGAAUUUGAUGCCGAAGACAUCAAGAAGGUGGAGAACUACGCCAAGGCAAUCAACAUGUUGUACUGUGCGGUCAAUCCUGAUGAUUAUCGCAAGAUCUCUUGCUGCACCACUGCAAAAGAAAUGUGGGACAAGCUGGAAGUCACAUAUGAAGGUACGGACCAAGUUCGGGAAGCCAAAAUUGACUUCCUAAUGCAGGAGUACGAGAUGUUCAGGAUGAAGGAAGGCAAAAAGAUGGAUGACAUGUUCGAUCGAUUCUCAAAGAUCAUCAACGACCUUCACGCUCUCAAGAAGACGUACGCCAACAAGGACCUUGUGAGGAAAAUCCUGCGUAGUCUCACACCCGAAUGGAGAUCAAAGGCUGACGCAAUCUACGAAUCCAUCGGAGUCUCCAAUGUCACCAUCGACGGGCUAAGAGGUUACCUCAAAACUUAUGAAUCUACUAUUCUAACUCCGUCUUUGGAUGAACAAAAGAAGAAGGGAAUAGCACUGAAAGCAACCAAGGAGACCGUGGAAGAAGACUCAAGCGAUGAUGACAACGAGUUCGGACUCGUCAUCAAGAAAUUCCACAAAUUUAUGAAGAAGGAAUUUGAGCGCAAAGGAAGAAAGCACGACGGUCCCCCGAAGUGCUAUGGCUGUGGUGAGAUAGGCCACAUCAAGCCGAGGAAAGAGGACAAAGGUUUCCAAGAAGAAGGGCAACACCGAAGCUACGACCUCAGCGCCCCCUACCUGGACGGCUCGUUUCUUGAGUUCGGGUCGGAGGACGAACUCAACCGGUUCCUCACGCACUUUGCCAAGCAGCCCAUUUCUCCGCCUAGGGUGCUGCCCGAGUUGUACCCUCAACAAAAGGGGUACCACGACCUCGACAAUCAGCUUCAAGCGUCGGGUUUGUGGUCUUUCGUCUCCAGGAGCCGCUCGAGCUUCAAUCCCGCCUUCGUCCGGGCCUUCUACUUCAAUCUCCGCCGUGACGGUGACACCAUUCGCAGCAUCAUCAAUCUCUACGACAUAGAGAUUGAUUUACCUACCUUUGCUCGGGUCGCAGGGCUGCCCAUCCGCGGUGACGACAUCGCGACUUAUGGUGGCGACGAUUGGAUCCUAAACAACGAGGCAGUCGUCAUUCAUGAGCUUGGGAUCACCAACUUGAUCCGCCACAGCGGCGCGCCGACGAUCCACUCGGCCCCACCGGACAAGCGCCUCCUCCUCUACAUCAUCACCCAGAUUCUCCGCCCCCGGGACAGCAGCCAUACCUCGCUCUUCAACGAGGACUUGAAGGCGAUUCACGCCAUCAUCCACGGCGCCUCCAUCAAUUGGGCGAAAUUCGUGAUGAUCCACAUGGCGGAUUGCGCCUCCAUCGCCACGGAGCAGAGCUUGCCAUACGCCUUCCUCGUCAUGGACCUCAUCAUCUCCGCCGACAUCUCCAUCGCCGGCCCGGAUACGAAGAUGAUGAAGAUUUGGAUCAUUCAAGACAACACCUUCCGGAAGAAGUCUGGAGACAGGGACGGCGCAGGCCCAAGUCGUGCACCAGCCCCCGCUCCCUCCAAGGCCUCUUUGCAAUCCAUAGCCGAUACUCUGAAUCGGCUAACCCUCACAGUGGAUGGCAUGGGGCAGUCAAUUGAGCGGAUGGACUGGACGUUGCAACGCCAACACCACGACAUAACGGUGUUCUUCCGCGGCAUCAACUACAUCCCGCCGCCCUUUGAUAGCACCUUCCUCGGCGAAAACUAUGAAGGCGAGGACGAGGAGGAUAACUCCUAUGCUCCGUCCUCCUCCCCCGACGAAGCCGACUUUGAGGACGCGGUCGACGGGGAUCCCAUGGACGUCGAGGACGACGAGGAUGCCGACGAGGACGAGGGCGCCGAUGCCUAGACUCUUCUUUUCUCUUCUCUCCUUACUAUGAUUGUAUUUUUUAUUUCCAUUCCGUUGCAUUCCCCAUUUUCCUUUUUAAAUGAAUAAAAAUUUACUUUUAAACUCUAAAGUUCACUUUUAACUCUUUUUGUUAAUGUCAAAAGGGGAAGAUAUUAAGGUUAUGCAUAAAUUGAGGGGGAAUUU